CCGCUUCCAGUCAGCGCGUUCAAGGUCGUUGAAACGAAACGGCGGACAGAUUUGAAAGGGAUUGCCGUUUAUACCUUGCCGUUGAAUAUUGUAUCGCUGACUAAAAACACUCAAAAGCUUGUCUUUCAUAUUUUAAACAUCUUACAAUACUUACAUUCACCGGCCGUAUUGUGUGUGAAAAAUCAUCCCAAACCAUAUACAUGACUGACAGUUUAAAUUGUAAGCAAAUGGGUGAAGUUUUGGGAGAUAACGGAGAUGACGUAGUCACUCCAUGGGAAGUGUCAACAAGUUCAAGCAGCGGCGUGGAUUAUGAUAAGCUAAUCGUUCGCUUUGGUUGUUCAAGAAUCGACGAUGGUUUGCUUCAAAGGCUAGCAAACGUUUGUCUCAAGCCUCUACAUCACCUACUGAAGCGUCAGAUAUUUUUUUCUCAUAGGGAUUUGGAGCAGAUUAUCUUACGCAUCGAACAAAAAAAGCCAUUCUUUUUGUAUACCGGAAGAGGUCCAUCAUCAGAGGCCUUACAUCUUGGACACGUUGUUCCAUUCAUAAUAAAUAAGUUGUUGUAAAUUUUACAGUCGCAUUUUUCUAGAUGGUUUCAGGACGUUUUUGACGUCCCUCUUGUAAUCCAGUUAACUGAUGAUGAGAAGUUUCUGUGGAAGAACUUGUCUAUCUCAGAAGUUAAUCAUUUAACUCGUGAAAACGCAAAGGAUAUUAUCGCCAUGGGUUUUGAUCCCAAAAAGACAUUUAUUUUCAGCAAUUUUGAGUACAUGGGAACAUGCCCAGAUUUCUAUCGUACCAUCUGUCAAAUACAACGCUUGGUUACAUAUAAUCAGGCUCGUGCGAUUUUCGGUUUCAAUGACAGUGAUUGUAUCGGAAAAAUAUCUUUCCCGGCUAUCCAAGCAGCUCCUUCGUUUGCUCAAUCGUUUCCAACUGUUUUUGAAAAUCUUAAAAAACCAGAGGAUGUCGGUUGUUUAAUUCCGUGUGCUAUUGAUCAAGAUCCAUACUUUAGAAUGACUCGAGACGUUGCUCCGCGCCUUGGACUACCUAAACCUUCUCUUAUAUACUCAGUAUUCUUCCCCGCUUUACAAGGGAAUCAAACAAAAAUGAGUGCAAGCAAUCCAAACACAUCAAUUUUUCUGACAGACACACCGAAGCAAGUUAAAAAUAAAAUCAAUAAAUACGCUUACUCUGGUGGCGGCGACACAAUUACUGAACAUAGAGAACGUGGAGGAAACUGUGAUAUUGAUGUAUCAUACCAGUAUUUGAGAUUUUUCUUGGAAGACGAUCAAAAACUAGAACAAAUACGUCAGGUUUGUGCCAGCAAAUUAAUUCUUUUGAAUGUACUGGUUGCAUGACAUUAGACUUAGUGAAAUAAAGUUAAAACUGUCGUAAAAUACCCAUUUGUAAAUGUGUUCAUUUCUUUUUUGCAUUCUAUACUUGGUAAAGUAAGUAUAAAAUUUUUAUUAGUAGUUAGUAUGAGCCAAAUAAGUAUGCGACAAGGUCAUUCCAUUUAGUUUCUUACUGCUUCAACGUUAUAGGACCCCAAUCCACAUACUAAAAUGUAACCAGUUAUUAUGUAAUCACUCACAUACAGGAUCUGAUUUAUAGCUAAGUAUGCGAACUUGUGCACAUUUUUGGAUUAAUCCUAUUUAGACAUAAUUAUGUUAUCUCUAGCUCUAACUAUGGAUAUGUACUUUUUGAGGGAAUAAUAAUCGUUCUGAUAUAUUAACAUGUGUAAUUUCUGCAGUCACCGACAUUGCAAUGUACCUUUUCAUCUUCCCACGCGACGUAAACACGACUGCUUUUUGGCGAAGAGGUGAAUUCUGUCACCAUACAUUUGAUUAUGAUCCUGUAACUAACAUUAUCAUGUCAUUCUUAGGGGUGCUGAUAUUUUUUAGUAUAUGUGGAGCAUACCUAUUUUUCAAGUACUAAUUAUUAGCAGAACUAGUCAGAAUAUUAUCCAGUCAUAGUGCAAUGAUGUGGGAAAUCUAUAGCUCAAAUGGAUGGUUUACGUAUUUGUUUGAGCUGAAAUAUUAAUUUUAAAAAUUAUCACAGUCAUUCAUCGGUUUUGAGAAUGUUAUGUUUUCUGAGCUGGAUGGUUUAAUCAUGAGGCAUACAUUGUCUUUUUCGACAUCCUCAAAAUUUUAAUCCUGGGCUACAAAUAUUCCCCACUAUCUCAUUCAUCAAUAUUAGCAUCAGGUAAAAGUCAGCUUUCUGUAUAUCUGUUCGCUUUAAUGAUGUUGUUGGUGGUUUGUUAGUUAUCCGACAUGUUUCUUUAGGUCAUAUUUAUCAGUUUCAUUUCUACAGCAAGGUUUGUGUUUUUCUUUAAUCAUAAAAUUCGUGUUUAUAUUUUUAGGAUUAUUCUAGUGGCAAACUGUUGACAGGUGAAAUCAAAAAGGAGCUUAUCACACUGUUGACUGAGUUUGUUACAGAGCACCAGAGAAGACGAGCUGCGAUUACUGAUGAAGUUCUCAAGAGAUUUAUGACUCCUCACCCACUGCAUCUUCCAUUUAUUUAGAUGUAUUGAUUGUGAAUAACUACAUAUCGACCUAGGCAAUGUUUGUGAAUAAAUUUAUGGAAAAUAUUUUUUUAUGUUUUAUGCACGUUUUAAUGAUACUUAACUUUCUGAAAUUUUACCGGGUUAUCUGUAGUGAAUACAAAAUUGUGUAUGCAUGUAAAUUUUUAGUCUUUUAACCUAUCAGUGGUACGUUACGUCUUGUUAUCUUAAUUAUUAGAAGUAAUCUGUGCAACAUCUGUCAUUGCUAUUGCAUCUUUGGACUGAUUAAUUUGUAUGUGAAUAACAUUAUUUGUGUGCGUCUAUAAUGGAUUACCAUUCCAUUGGCUUACAAAAUUUCUCAGUGAUAGAAGUAACUAGUCCUGAAAUAAGUAAAAUAUAAGACACAUUUUCUACAUGACGUAUAUAAACUUAGUGAACACAUUAAGCGAUAGCGUAAAACAGAUUUUAUUAAGUCUAUCCAGUUCUAAUAAUGAAUUAAGCAGAGUAUUAAUGAGUUUGAGCUGUUAUUAUAUACUUUUAGUAACUUUACUGAUGUACAGAUCUAUUGGGCUAACAAGAACAUGAUAUAGAUACAGAAAGUUACUGGGAUUUUUUCAUAUACGUCCAAUCAUCUCAUCAUUCGUGCAUGUUAAAUUAAAGCUCCUAUUUUGGAUACCAUCUUCGGUAUUUUUACAUCUAUGUAUAAUACAAAUGCUAUUUAUUUGAAUAAUAUUCACAAUAAUCCCGUCAACUUUUCAUUUUAUAGUGAAUUCAGUAUUAGGAAAACUCAAAUCUCAUCAAUAAUUAAACCGUGAAGCAAGGAAACGGGAUACUAUUCAAUAUUAUGGUUCACUUUCUUUUAGUAUAUAAUAUUUCACUCAAGACAUUAUACUUUAAAAGAUAACAUAGUAGAAAGAUCGAUUUUCUAUUACUAAAAUGACGAAUCGGUAGCUGUAGUCUGGAUGAAAUUUGGUUUUGACUCGAAACUUAAUUAAAAUUGAAGAUUUGAGGUCAGCUAUUACUACCGAAAUUUAGUCCAUAUUUUACCUAUUUCAGUGUUCCUUAGAUGAUUUCCCAAACAGUCAGAAGAAUAUAGACGUUUUACUUGUUUAAUGUUUGCUCACCAAGUCCCUAUUAAAAUACAAUACCUUUAAUCUCAGUCCCCACUUGUAAAUUGAACUGCAAUUGUCAUCCUAUAAAAUACUUGGUGAAAUACAAUAUAUUAUAAUGUCUAAUCCUGAGAGAUAUUGUACAAUCUUUAAAAUGGGAUUGCUCUUAUAGUGAUAAACCCAAUUCCAGCGGAAGGACAGUUUUUUUAUAUUAUUAAUGCUAAAAAAGCAUUAAUGUCAUCCUCUUAAUCCAAGUGACAUAGACGUUAAUAUUGUUCAAAUGUGUGGAUGAUGUUAAUGAUUACAGUAACUUCGUUUUAUGCAAUUAGUUCCUUUUAUGAAUUUAAAUAAAGCCAGAACGAACACAUGCAGAAUAAUAUGAAUUCAUUAUAUUUCGUGGUUCCUCAUCAGCUACUUACAACCAAAUAUGUAUUAGA